CGAGACAUAGGGACAAAUGCUUCAACUUGUAUCGCAACUGCGGGUACAGUACAUUCUAUAUGUACCUGCGGGUACAAUGAAGGUCAUAGAAAUUAUCAAUAUAUACUGAACUAAGUGGUGAGUUGUUUGUCGCUAGCGGAUUGUUUACAGAGAGUAUUCUGUACGUAUUCUCGGGAGAAAGUUCGUGACGGAGAAUGCUCAUUACAUGGCGCUAAUCCCUGGUGAAUGCAGUUUGUAGUCUGGUCGUCAUUUGCGCUAAUUUGUACGCAGCUCGAGAAAGCGCGGGGUUCCUUGUUCAUAUCGACAGAAGCCAUUCUCCCCGCCAUAACUCGAAGACUGAGAGCACGGGGGUUUAGUCUAGGGUUGAAGUCUGUCUGUACAAGUGUCCGAAGCUGACAACGCUGUCCGUUACUUUCCUCGGAGGAGGAGGCGAUACUUGGAGUAUGCGUAUGGGUUUUUACGGUGCUCGUGGAAUGCACGUGUGCCCAGCGCAAGAAGCUUUCAUUUACUGACAAAUUGCCCGGGAGUUUCGUUCUGAAAAUUGGGAGCUUGCAGACUGACUCUAUUUUUUCGCGUCGUUUCUUUAAUUGAUUCGACGCAGACGCCAUGUUCAUCAAGCAGGUCAUUAUUGAGGGCUUCAAGAGUUAUAAGGAGCAAGUUGCAACUGAGCCUUUUAGUUCUAGACACAACUGUGUGGUUGGUGCUAAUGGCUCAGGAAAGACGAACUUUUUUCACGCUAUACGCUUCGUACUCAGUGACCUCUUCCACAAUCUUCGGGCGGAAGAUCGACAAGCUUUGUUACAUGAAGGAGCAGGUAAUCAGGUCAUGUCCGCAUUCGUUGAGAUUGUUUUCGACAACAGUGACAAUCGAAUGCCUGUCGAUAGAGAAGAAGUUCGACUUCGCAGAACUAUUGGUCUGAAGAAGGAUGAGUACUUCCUCGACAAGAAGCACAUAACAAAGACGGAGGUGAUGAAUCUUCUUGAAAGUGCUGGAUUUUCUCGUUCGAAUCCUUAUUAUGUUGUUCAACAAGGAAAGAUAGCCUCGCUGACACUAAUGAAGGAUUCAGAACGUCUCGACCUGUUGAAAGAAAUUGGUGGUACGCGUGUGUACGAGGAGCGCAGGAAAGAGAGUCUAAAAAUUAUGCAAGAUACAGAAAAUCGGCGAAAGCAGAUUAUCGAAGUCGUGCAGUAUAUCGAAGAGAGGCUGAAAGAGCUGGACGAAGAGAAGGAGGAGUUGAGAAAGUAUCAGCAGCUGGACAAGCAACGAAGAUCUUUGGAGUACACCAUAUUUGAGAAAGAACUCCUGGAUGCAAGGCAAAAGCUGGAGGAGAUCGAAGAUGCUCGAGCCAAGGUUUCUGAGAAGUCCACCAACAUGCAUAACACUGUUCUAGAUUCACAUGAGCAAUUGAAAACUUUUGAGAAAGAACUGAAGACUCUCAGUAAAGACCUUCAAGGAAGCAUGAAAGAGAAGGAGGUGGCUGAACGACAAAAAACAGAGGCUCUCAAAACGUACGCCAAAGUUGAGCUAGAUGUCAGAGAUGUUGAAGACCGUAUCCGACUUGAGGCAAAGACAAAGGAUGAAGUUUUUAGGGAACUCAAAGCGCUUGAGAAAGACAUUCAGAGAUCAAAGAGUGAUCUUGAGCAGGUUAAUCCUGAGUAUGAGAAACUGCUAGCUCAAGAAGAGGAGAUCAUCAAAGGAAUUUCCGAUCGGGAGAAGCAGCUUAGUAUCUUGUACCAAAAGCAAGGGCGAACAACUCAGUUUGCAAAUAAACUAGCUCGAGACAAGUGGCUGAAGAAAGAGAUCGCUGAUUCAGAGCGCGUCAUGGCCAGCAUUUCAGAACAGGUGGAAACGCUUGAAGAGGAGAUACGAAAACUCAACGAAGAACACCAGCAGCAAUCCAAGAAUGUAGAGAUUCGAAUGAGCGACCUACAGCAGCAAGAAGGUCAGGUUGGGAAGUGUGCAGAGGACUUUGGUAUCUUGAAAGCACGUCGUGACGAUCUGCAAGAGAUGAGAAAAUCGCUUUGGAAACAAGAGAAUGACCUCAUGAGUGAGGUCGAGAAGCUGAAGAUGGAUUUGGGAAAAGCAGAGAAGAGCUUGGAUCAUGCUGCUCCAGGGGACAUCAGACGAGGAUUGAAUUCCAUCAAACGAAUCUGCAAGGACCAUGAUAUACGUGGUGUACACGGGCCCAUAUGUGAGCUGCUGGAUUGUGAUGAGAAGUUCUACACGGCGGUAGAGGUCACUGCAGGGACAAGUCUGUUUCACGUUGUUGUGGACCACGAUGACAUCUCAACUCGGAUUAUUAGGUAUUUGAGCUCUCAAAAAGGUGGGAGAGUCACCUUUAUGCCCUUAAAUCGAAUUAGGGCCCCUGACGUGCGCUACCCAGCAGGACCUGAUGUUGUUCCACUGCUGAAAAAGCUGAAUUACGCUCAACCUUUUCAUGGAGCAUUCGCACAGGUUUUUGGGAGGACAGUUAUAUGUCGUGAUCUCGAGGUCGCCACCAAUGUCGCCAGGAAUGCGGAGGUUGAUUGCAUCACACUCGAUGGUGACCAAGUAAGCAAGAAAGGAGGCAUGACGGGAGGUUUUUACGACUUCCGGAGGUCCAAACUGAAGCUCAUGAGUAUGAUUCGAGAAUGCACUGUUAAUAUCAAUAUGAAGCAGGCGGAACUUGAGCAAGUUAGGACUCGUCUUCAAGAGACGGACCAGCUCAUAACAAACGUAGUAAGCGAGCAGCAAAAGCUUGAUGCGCAGCAAGUUCACCUGAAGUCUGAAGCUGAUCAGCUGAGGAGUGAUAUAGCAAAUACUAAGAAAUCACAGGCUUCGACAGUUAAAGCCCUUGAGAAAAAGCACUUGUUGUUGGGAAGAGCUCACAGCCAGAUUGAGAACCUGAAGAAUGGUAUAGCCAUGCGUUACGGAGAGAUGGGAACAGACCUUAUUGAUCAGCUGACGGACGAGGAGAGAAGGCAACUCCAUUGCUUAAAUCCUGAAAUAACUCAGCUUAAAGAGGAGCUCAUAAAUUUUAAGACAGCGCGAAUGGAGGCGGAGACACGAAAAAGUGAACUCGAAACUCUUCUUUCAACAAACUUAGUGAGGAGACAGCAGGAACUGGAGGCUCAUUACGCAUCAAUCGAUCCCCAGGCAAUGUCGACGCAGUUUGAAAUGAAAAGGCAGGAGCUUUCGGACGCCAAAGCAGCGGUAGACGAAGCGAAUGGGCAAUUAAAAUUCACGACCGAUCAAAUAGAGAAGUAUAACAAAAAGAUCAGAGAACUAAAGAAUUCGAGGGACGAAAUCAAGGCCCUUGAAGAUAAUUAUGAGCGAACUCUCCAAGAUGAGGCGAAGGAUCUUGAGCAGCUGUUGAACAGACGUAACCUGCUUCAAGUUAAGCGGGAAGACCUGAUGAAGAAAAUUCGUGAUCUCGGUUCUUUGCCCUCGGAUGCCUUUGAGAAGUACCAAAAGAAGAACUUGAAAGAAUUGCAUAAAAUGCUUCACAAAUGCAAUGAACAGCUCAAAAAGUUCAGUCAUGUCAACAAGAAGGCGCUGGAUCAGUAUGUCAACUUCACUGAACAAAGGGAAGAGCUGCAUCAACGACAGGCAGAGCUUGAUAGUGGAGAUGAGAAAAUUAGGGAGUUAAUAUCUGUGCUGGAUCAACGUAAGGAUGAAUCGAUUGAAAGGACAUUCAAGGGAGUGGCAAAAAACUUUCGUGAGGCGUUCUCUGAGCUAGUGCAAGGAGGACAUGGGUCUUUGGUCAUGAUGAAAAAAAGGAAGGCCGACGAAGCGGAGGAUGAAGAUGCAGAUGGUUACGAAAAUCACGACGGUGAUGGUGAAGGAAGAGUUGAGAAAUACGUGGGAGUGAAAGUGAAGGUCUCUUUCACAGGACAGGGAGAAACGCAGUCGAUGAAGCAACUUUCUGGAGGGCAGAAGACUGUGGUUGCUUUGACCCUUAUCUUCGCAAUUCAAAGAUGUGACCCAGCUCCUUUCUAUCUGUUUGAUGAGAUAGAUGCUGCUUUGGAUCCACAGUACCGAACGGCAGUAGGGAACAUGAUAAAGAGGCAAGCAGACUCGGACACCACCCAGUUUAUCACAACUACUUUCCGACCGGAGCUCGUGAAGGUUGCCGACCGAGUGUACGGUGUGACACACAAAAAUCGAGUAAGUCGUGUGGACGUUAUCCGUAGAGAGGAUGCCUUGACCUUCAUUGAGCAAGAUCAAAGCCAUCAAAAUGAAUGAUACGUGUAUACAGUUAGUGUUUAGGCAAUUUUUUUUGUGAUUCGACAUUCUCAAGCUAGAGCCGAGGGACAGAUGUAGACUUAGAUGAAGAAUGAAUGACCAUAUGGAAGUGGUCAAUACUGUACAGAUAGAGAAGAUUGUAGGGAUAGCUGCUUUGGUUGGCAGUGCCAUUCUGUCACAAAUUGUAUUUGUAUAAUCAAGCUGG